CAGAAUGCUCUAGCCUCCUGCUUCCAUUUUGUAGCUGAGUCCUUUUCAGUCGGGCCUUUACUGCCUCCCCAGCUUUUAUUUCCACUUCUUUCGCUUCAGGGCUCAGCACUGAACAGACUGGGGAUGAAGCCAGCAUCCGUUUAAUAGAAGUACUGCAUGUCACGGUCUUGGCUCUCUGCAGACUCAUACUGCUUCCUGUUUUCAAAUCCACCCACUCCAGCUUCACUUCCAUUUUCUCUCUCUUCUUUGUAUUUUUCUUUUUUGCAUUUUAUUGCAUUUGCUCUUUUCUGUUUGGCUCACCCUUUCUUGUGCUCUAGUUCCCACCACCACCACUUCCUCUCCCACCCACAGUUGAUUUUCUUCCAUCCUCAUUUUCUUUCCCUUUAGAGUUGCUAUGUCCCCCAAAAUUCCAGGUUUCACCCAGAUUUUAAGCAUCUCACCCAGCUUGCUUAGCCCACCCAGAUUCUCCCAGACUUCAGUUUUCAUUAAAAAAAAAAAAGAAGAAAAGAAAGAAAAAAGCUAAACUCUAGCCCUUGUAGAAAUUGAGUUAUGGAGCAAAACGUGCAGUCACUAUUCUGCUUAGAAAUUAUUUUCCAGCCAAUGUACAUAAUAUACAAAUUAGGUACCCAGAUUUGGAAAGCCAGAAUAUGGCAACCCUAUUUCCCUUUCUUGUCUGUAAUUCACCUCUUUCAUUUUGUUCCCCCUUUGGAUUCAUUUUGCUUUCUUUUGGCACUUUCUCUCCUCCCUUUCAUGCUGUAACUACUUUCCCCUACGUGCAUGUUUUUUCUUGCCUUUCUCUCUCUCUCCUGCUACUUUUCUCUUCUACAGAGAGAAGAGAUUCUUAUAUGACCACAUUGUGAACUUCAUGGCUGAACAGAUAUCUAAAUUUUGAGUCUCUUAUCUAACCUUCUGACCCCUAUUCAACACUGCCUUUCGAGGUGUUGCAUUAUGGGCUGAGUGUUUAAACUUGCUUCGGUAACUUGUUGAACCCAAUACUUAACAUGAAAUAGCAAUCACUUAAUCCAGUUCACUGAUCUAGAUGUUUAGAGUAGACCCAUUGAAAUAAAAGUACUUAAAUUACAGUGCAAUCUCUGCAUGUCUACUCAGAAGUCCCAUUGAAUUCAAUGGGGCUUACUUAAGUAGUCAAUAUAGGAUUGCAGCCUUGAACUUGAACAUUUGUUCUUAACUGCUCUGCUCUAAGCAGGAUUAACUUUGGAUACACCCUGUUGUGUUUUGAUUUUUAUUUACUUACUUUGUAUGUGUAUAUUUUGCCUCAUUCCUGGGAAAAGUAUUUGGAACGCCCAUGUACUAGUACCUAAGAAUCUGCCAUACUGUUCCAGUUUUGUCCUCCUCACAGAGGAAGGGAAAGGGGUGGUGGCAGUGGUUUCUGGUCCACUUGGCCAGUGCGUCGCCUCAGCUGUCCCCAUUUCUUCUUGACUCCAGGAUUUGCACUCCCUUAAGUGACGCAGCGGGGGAGUGGUUGACUAACAAGCAGAAGGUUGCUGGUUCAAAUCCCUGCUGGUACUAUAUUGGGCAGCUGUGAUAUAGGAAGAUGCCGAAAGGCAUAAUCUCAUACUGCACAGGAGGAGGCAAUGGUAAACCCCUCCUGUAUUCUACCAAAGAAAACCACAGGGCUCUGUGGGCGCCAGGAGUCGAAAUUGACUUGACAGCACACUUUACCUUUACCUAACAUAACUGUGGGGUUCCCCUACCCUGUUAUAUCCUCGACAACCCUGUGAAGAAGAUCAGGCUAGACUGAGAGGUAGUUCCAUGUCGAACCAGCUUGUGGCUGAGUGGGGAUUUGAACCUGUAUCUCCGCAGUUCAAUCCAGCUCUGUUGUGUCCACAGUCUGGCUUCCAUUGUUUGCGUGCUACUGGAUCUCUUAUAGCUCUCGACCCCUAGUUUUAUCUUCUCAAUAAUCUAGUAUCUUGCCAUGUUAUCAAAAUGGCAAACUAUUCUCAGGUGGCUAAAACAUGUUUUUGAGCUCUUGAAACUGGAAGAGACACAAAAAACCUGAAUGCAAUAAAAAGCAAUUGAAACACAAAGCUUCAAAUAAGUGGAGAAAGAAUGUACUUAUAAAGUACAUCCUACCAAAUAUAGGGCAAUUUUGUGGGAUGGGAGAUAUUUCUCUGUAAGACAACUGAGCAUCCCAGUCAAAUUCAGAGUCCUUCAUUAUAUUGGACAACGUGAAUGAAUGAAUGAAUGAAUGUAAAAGAAAGCCUCCAAUACUUUUGUUGAAAGUUUCCUCCUCUUUUAAUAGAAAACAAAAUAACACCCACUCUUUCGAAAUGUGGGCUGCUGAGUUCUUCCUAGAAUGUCUUUGGUUGUGUGCUGGUUUUUUCAAUAAUGAGCCUGUCUCAGAUUCUGUCAAACAACUACUCAAUAGUUUGCUCUCACCCUGCACCCACCCCACAGGGCACAAAAAAGUUGAAAUGUGGGGUUGGGACCUUAGUUCAGUGAGUGAGGAUCUGUUUUCCAUGCAGAAGGCCCCAAGCUCAGUCCCUGGCAGCAUCUCCAGGUAGGGCUGGGGAAGACUCCUGCCUGAGACCUUGGAAAGUCAUUGCCAGUCCAACAAUACUGAGUUAGAUGGAUCAGUGGUCUGACUUGGUAUAUAAGGCAGCUUCCUAGUAUGCCCUUAUAUUUUGCUUUAACAAGCUAAAAGAGAAAUGUUCUAUGGAUGAAGUUAGGCGGGAGUAUCUUCAGGUCGAUAGGAAGUUUGUAGUUUGUACUAAUAUAAUGUUUCUCAUCUCGGCCCCAAAUUUCUGAGCCUGGGGACAUGCCUACCAAAUAUAGGCACUCCUCAACUUACAAACAUCCGUAUAUAGAAACAAAGCUCCAUAACAUAUUGCACUACAGAAGUCCCUAACUUACAAAUGCCAGCCCACACAUACGAAUAAGUCAUCACUCUUGGGAACUAUAUGCAUUGUGAGUUAUGAACAUCCAAAUUACAAAUGAACAUUUGGAACACAGCUUGAUUGUAAGUUGGUAAAAUUGCCCAGUGCUCACUGUUCUCCAGGAAGAAAAUCCCAAUUUUCUUUUGAUAUGUCAUUAGGGGGCUUGUUUAGAGAUGUGCUCUGCAUAUCAUCUGAUACAUAUUUUUGAUAAUAUUACUCUCAAGAUUAUCAACAGAGUAAAGCUAAAUUUACAGUUCUGAACACCAAGAGCAAAAUUACACAUGCAUUUUUUAAAAAAGUUAUCACUCUGGAAUCUUCCCCCUCUUCAAUUAAUGCAUAGUAUAUUUUCUCACACUUUAUGCUCUGUGUGUGUGUGUGUGUGUGUGCUUUAAAUGUAACCACACUCCCUUCAGCUAAUGUAGGAAAAGAUACUCGCCCACCAGCUUACUCCCAGUGUGCACGCGCGUUGGCCAGAACCAGUUCCGUGUACAUUCCGAAUGCCUAUCAUAACACUCUAAAGCAGCUCACACAAUCGGUAAGAUGGUAGGACAAGUAUCGGUAGGAGUGGUUUGGGCCCUGGAUAUUUGAAGGACCAUCUGCUCCCAAGGGUUUCUGCCCAUUUGACCAGAUCAUCAGAGGGGGUUCUGCUCCAUGUUCCGAUGGUGAGAGAGGCCUGGUUGUUGAGCACAUGGGACAGGGACUUCUCAGUCAUUGCCCCUGGCUUUGUAAUGCUCUCCCGGCUGAAAUCUGCUCUUCAGUCUCUUUGUCAGUUUUUAAGGGAAAAGUAAAGACGUGGCUCUUCACCCAGGCUUUUGAAUGAGAGUAUUGGAUUUUUGUUACUGCUGCUGCUUUGUGUUAUGUAUUAUUAUUACUUUAUGGGUUAUUAGGUUUUAUACAGAUAUUAUGUUUAUAUUAUCUGUACUUUUGUGUUAUGUAUUUUAAUUUUUGAGAUCAUCUGUUCCUUUGUAUUUUAAUUAUGAAUUGUUUUAAUUAUAUUGUAAAUUGCUUUGAGAUUAUUUUAAUGAAAAGCGGUAUAUACAUUGAACAAUAAAUAUAAAUAAGUGCCCUACCCAGCUUCGGGAGCUGUGCACACUCCUGGUUUUCAGUAGCCUGUGAGCAAACAGUUGGGUAGGAGAACGAGGGAGUGAUCGUCUGUGAGACAGGAACUGCGGAGGACAGUGCUGUUCUACCCAGCACUUGUACCCUACUACCCAGUAUUUUAACGAGGAAGGAUGAAAAGAACAACAUAUGAUAAUGUUGAUUCAUAUGAAGACUGUGGAACCCCUGGGGGGAGCUCCCAUCCCAGAUACCAUGAAUAUCGCUAUGGCCUUUAUGGACAAACGACCCUUUAUCCAUUCAACUGCCAGAGAAAAGAGGACACUAAAAUGUGACUCGGAACAAGAGUAUCCUCACCCAGAAGGGACACACUGCUGUAUGAAAUGCCACCCAGGAACUCACAUUAAACAACAUUGUGCAGGUGAAGGUAUGGCACCCAACUGCACAAAGUGCCCAGAAUUAACCUACAUGACCAAAGAAAAUUUUGCGCAGAAGUGUCGUGGUUGUAACCGCUGCCGUACAAAUCUUGGACAGAAAGUAAUAAGCAAUUGUACCAGCAAGCAAGACACAGUCUGUGGUUGUGAAGAGUAUCAGUAUCAGACUAGCAACAGUUCGGAAUUUUAUUGCGAGAACUGCAGUGCUUGUCACAAUGGAACAGUCAAGCUAAAAUGUACCACGUUCCACGACUCGCUGUGCGAGUGCAACUAUGGAUACUUUCUCCAGACAGAUAAAAACCUCUGCGUUCCAUGCAGCAGCUGCAAAACAAGAGAGUGCAAGUCACGUUGUGAGCCAGAGACAGUGGUAAGACCAGAAAAUCCCUCAGGACUCAUGCCCCUGCUUUGCACCCUGGUUGUCCUGUUUGGAGCUGGCUUUGUUUUCCUAUUGGCAAGGAAAUUCCUCAAGCGAUCUUGUAAGGAAAAACUAAACACCAUCUGCUCAUCACCUUCAGUUCCGUUCAGUUCUCCUUCACCUAGAGGAGAAUCUGUACCAGAGGCUGCGAUAGAGGACAAUGCUGACGUUCUGAAGCCAGACCACCAGAAAAGGCUGUUAGAGAUAGCUGCAACUACUAGCAAACUUCCAGACUGUGUGCCAUCUGCAGGAGGGAUGCAGAUCCUGGACUGUCCUGUUGCUUUAUAUAAAAUAGUGGACCGUGUACCAUUUUUACGGUGGAAGGAAUUCAUAAGGCGCCUGGGACUGCUUGACAACACAGUUCAAAGAAUUGAGACAGAGCAGCGGAGCAUGCGGGAAGCACAGUAUGAGAUGCUGAAACAAUGGAGGCAGCAGUCGGGCCCUGGUGCCACUGUGGAGUGCAUCAGUAAUGUGCUCACUCAAAUGGAACUGAGUGGUUGCAGUGAGGCUAUUCAAGAGGACCUGCUGAAGCUUUAGAUACUCCUCAUGAUCUUCACUCACAUGCAUGCUCAUCUCUUGAUGGGUGACGUGAAUUACACUGCAAUUUACACCAUACAAAGGACUUCUGUGUAAUCUCUUGUCACCUCAAAAGAAUGCUUUUGAGUGUAGUCAGUUUGUCUGUCAAGCUGCCUGAAGGGUUUCUGGGUGGCUGUGGUUGGUUGCUUUUGCCUGCUCCCCUAUUGCUUUCUUCCCCUUGUGGCCACAGCAGGAGCCUGGAAGUGAUCAAGGGAGCAGGAGCAUCAUUCUCCCCACCAUCCUGGUUCUUCUCUUGGUUGCCAUCAGGCUUGCUUGGGAGUUAGUGAGGCCUUGGCUGCUUCUGACAACCUUUUAUCAGCCAGGGAAAUUAAGUAGAGCUGUCUCAUGAGGGCCUGUCUCAUGAGAGUCGUGCUCUCUGUUCCUCCCCCUCUCGGCCUUCCUCCUUCAGCCUCAGGAAGAUGGGAGAUGCCGUGGCCUCUGUCUUGCCACCUUCUUCCUUGUUCUUUCUCUCACGGGUUGCUCCAUCGGGAUGUGCCUCUGCAGCUGAGCACAGCCUCUCUCUGGUUGGGAAUUGGAGGGAUCCUCUCAGCCCUUUAUCACUGAGUAAUCAAGCAGUGUCAUUGUGUGAAACAGUCCUUAGCUCUCAAGCUAAAAAUAGAUAGCUUCCUUCUGUCAAGCAAAGUUUCUCCUUUCAGAAUUGGAUCCCCCCCCCUGCUUUUGCUUGUUGCGCCCCCCCCCCCCAGCACUCUUAUCUGUAGAGGCUGGAAGCAGAUUGUUCAUGAACUGCAAUCUUUCCAAUAGGGGUAUGCACGGAACCGCCACACUGCGGUCCGGCACUGGGGUGGGGGGUAGCUUUAAGAGCGGCAGAAGGGUUUACUUACCCCUCCCGCCGCUUUCCCGCUCUG